UUCGGUUCAAUACGUCGGCGCCAGUGUCUCGCAAUUGCUAAGUGAUGUGGCAACAGCACCACGUUCAGCAGAGCAAGAAAAACUCUUGAAACGAGUUCCCGUGAAAGUAUACACAGACGCAGAUGAGUGGAGCGAGUACGCCCACGUUGGGGUGGAUCCGGUAUUGCAUAUCGAACUGGUCAAGCGCAACGAUGUGUUUCUGAUCGCGCCUUUGUCGGCUAACACAUUGGCGAAAUUGGCAGGGGGACUCUGUGACAAUUUAUUGACCUGUUGUGCACGAGCUUGGCCAUGGACUGUUGCUGUUGAUGAUGAAGAAGAAAGUGCUUUACUUGGUGAUCAUCAAGUGGGAGCAGUAGAUCACCAAGACAGGAAGGAGAAGGCGAUGAAGCCGUUUUUGUUAUGUCCAGCGAUGAAUACAGCUAUGUGGCGACACCCUGCGACACGAGAACAUGUCAAGACGUUGCAGAGAUGGGGUGGUGCACAAGGAGCUUCGUCAUCUUCCACCAGAUUAUAUGAACAAACAGACCAGCGAAUGAAUCACACGACUGAUACGUUUGGCACAUCCACGUCAAGUUCGUUCUUUACAAAUAAAACACCUAAGCCUGGUGGUGGUGGAAAACAAGAAAUGUCGCCAAAAACAGCAUCGAGAAUGAGCGUGUCGCAAGGUGGAGUAAAAGAAGGCAUCACUCCUCCAUUACCGUCCUGGCAUAGUCAUGCUGAGAAGUCGGGUGUGUCAAUGAGCCAGCAACUUCACCAAACUAGACAGCUUGGAAUCCCCAAAAAGACACCAACCUAUCUGCGUUUCAUCGAUCCUGUGUCCAAAGUUUUGGCCUGUGGGGAUGAAGGUAAAGGUGCUAUGGCUGAGGUGCGAAGCAUUGUAGAAGCAGUCGGAAAGGCCGCGAAUUGGGUAAGAUAUGGAAAUGAGACUAAACCUGGCGAAUUAGGACCUCCUGGAGAUGGCAGAAAUGGACAAUUCAUAGCUGCUGGAAAACAAGGACUUUUUGGAGAUGGAGCUCGCAAGUAUGCAGAUUUAAGCGAAGGCGUUGUGGGAGAUGUAUUGGAUUUUGGAGGCGGAGGGAGCUUCUCAGAUACCCAACAAAGCUUUUCAAGUAGUGCUGCAACUGCACCAGAAGUAGUGGAUUUUUUCGCUUCUUCAAGCUUGCCCAAAAACUUCGAAUUGCAAAGAAGAAGAAUCGAUGCCUUUGUGCGGCAGUUAUGAGAUGAAGGAGACUUUUGAUUGUUGCGAGGAAUAGAUGUGUACUUUCACUCGACUACUUCUGUGUCAAAGUAGGUAAAGACCAGGUUUUGACACUCACUGCAAAGCUUGACGUUUGGUUCUCGAGAAAGUAUACCUGUAAUGCAUUUUGAAGAACAUUUUUCCCUCUGCUUCAUACUCUAUUCCGAAGGGAUCGAGAGUUGUGCUCGUUACUUCUGGUGGGACUUCGGUGCCUUUGGAGAAGAAUACGGUCCGUAGUAUCGAAAACUUUUCCACAGGCGGAAGGGGUGCGCGGUCUGCAGAGGCUUUUUUAAAGCAGGGAUGCAGUGUGCUAUUUCUUCAUUCCUCGCGGAGUCAGAUUUUCCCUAAGGUGCCGACCGCUGCCGCCUGGCCUGACAACCGGUUUGAGAACCUCAAAAAUCAAGAGAACAUGCCAGCAACGAGCACUGCUGCUACCAACCACCUCGUGCAAGAGAAUCUACCAUCUUCAAGCAGCACGGCAGCUGCCGAUCUCAAUCAACACGAGAGGAACCUUGAUCCAGAUAGAAUACCACUGAGAAUGCUCACUCCGGAUCUUCAAGCGCAGUUGCAUGAAAAUGAUGCUGUCUCGUGGAUGGUACCGUUAUGAGUGUAGGAAAUGCACCUCCGCAGAAGUCAGGUGGAAAACGGAAAGGACAUCUGCGGAGGUGCAUUUCCUACAGGAAGGAAAAGGCACACCGAAAGAAGGAAAAGGAAACACCUACAGAUGAUCUCUCUACGAGAUGCAGCAUUCCCUCUAUCUCCAAUACCGAAUCAUCCGAUUAACGAUGAACAUCGGACAUACGCAACGCUAGAGCAGAAGAAGUUAACCCAGACCCUGGAAGAGGCUGAAGAACAGUGGAUGCAAAUCUACGAACAGAAGCGAGAUGCAGUACUCCACAACUAGUAGAGUUUGUGACUUUGUUGAAUUCGUAGACUGAUGUGUCAUAUGAAAAUCAAUCAUGCGUUAGCACCGUAUCUGUUAGUAUGAAAAUUAGUGUUAGUAGUCGUGUUGUAGGACUACCAAUUCAAUUUUGUUACUACGUUACAUGUUAAUAACCAAGUGUGGUUUAUACGCUCUACUUCUUCUUGUUCUUGACUAUGAGCCAGAAAUAAAUUUCCCAUUGCACGAAAUUCAGGCACUGCAGGAUGCUCUAGCUCUCGUAGGUGAGACAAGUACAGCAAUCGUAGACGCUGUUGAUGAGGCACCUAAGGAUGUUGCGGAAGCGAAAUCGAACUCCCAGCUUGACAACCUCAUCGCCGCUGCCACUGCUAGUACUGCUACUGCCACCUGCAACAAUGCUGCUAGUUUCCUCCCGGUCGCGUUCACUACCGUUUUCGAGUAUCUUUUUUAUCUGCGUGAAUGCACCUCAGCUCUUGCUCCUCUGAAAAAACGCGCAUUAAUCUACUUGGCUGCCGCAGUCUCGGAUUUCUACAUACCUGAGUCGGAAAUGGUGACGGAUAAGAUUCAGAGUUCGCAGUCGUCGUUGACUCUACACCUAAAGCCGGUCCCGAAAGUCCUCCAAGAAAUUCGCAGGACCUGGGCACCAGACUGUUUUCUUACUACGUUCAAACUAGAAACGGAAUCUGAGGAGUUUCUCUUACGGAAAGCCGAUGCAGCCCAAAAAAAGUAUGCCGCAGACUGCGUUGUGGCCAACUUGUUGCAAAGCUAUCGGGAUUGGGUGAUGUUGUGUUUACCAGGAGGUUUGAGAAAGCGGGUAGCCAGUGCCAGGACAGCAAAGGAGACCGAGAAAACAUCAAAGGAAGACGGACAGGGGGAUGAGAAGACCAUAAUUAACACUAGAUCAACAGCAGAACCAGUGCCGGGACACAAGGUGGAAGAAAACAACUUAGAAGUAGAGGUUGUUCGAAGAUUAUUAGAGUUACAAGAACAAGCGAUAGGAUAUUCAGAAACAUUGACUGUUCGCGCAGAACUAGGAGUGCAUUGAGGACGUUCUACUAUUAGACUUCUCGGUGAUGUGAUUUUUUCUCUCAGCAGGAGCACGAUUAUGAAUAAUGAUAUGACGAGCGUCCUACAUCAACUUCAAGCUUGUCGACAACGCAC